AUGGCUCUUAAUAUAUAUAGGCAUGCAGUUAUUGAUAAGUCCUUCGGCUUUGACACAGCUGUUGAGGAGGCUCAACGUGCUAUAAAUGCAGCUCAUGUUGAAGCUGAAAGUGUUGAAAAUGGCAUUGGUGUCGUCAAGCUGAUGGGCUGGGACGUGGACUGCUGUUUGAUUCCAGAAUUACCUUUUUUCCUUGAAGGUCCAGGUGGACUUUUUGAUUUUGCAGAGAAAAGAAAAGAAAAUGGCCAAAUGGUUAUUGUGAUUGCUGAAGGGGCAGGACAGGAUCUUGUUUCUCAAAGCAUCCAAUCCAUGGACAAACAAGAUGCUUCCGGAAACAAACUUCUUCAAGAUAUCGGGCUAUGGAUAUCCCAAAAGUUGAAGGUGUGGAUUAUUAUCUGUUGUGUUUAUGCUGGCUAUCUCAGUGUGAUCUUUCACUGCAUUAUCCUCUUAACUCCUUUCCUAAAUACAGAAUGA